AAACCACACACUACAGACAGUUUGUGUACAUGCGCACGCACAUCAAGGAGGAUUUUUUCCCUGUUUGUGCAUCGCGGCAAUGUGUGUAUAUACACACAGGCCUCGGCUCGCUUUACGUCCGCUAGCCAACAGGCAGACGGGCAGCAGCAGUAGUGCCGGAUUUGACUGUGAGUGUGUGCCGACUACAAUAAACAUUGCUCUGUGCGUUCCAGUACGUGUCCGAGACUCUCCGUGUGGCACGAGGCAACCCUAGUGUGUAAAUGUAGGUGUAUGCUCUGUCUCUCUCUAUCUCUCUGUGUUAUUAAGUUGUACAGUGUGUGUUUCUGAUAUUGCGUGUGUGUGUGUGAGUGUAUGUGUCAUGUCCACAGUGCCGGCCCUUCCAGCGCCCAAUGUGCGCGGUCGCGUGUGCUAGUGUGUACCGUGGUCGAUUGCGUCGAUCCGCACCACCAGAAUGUGCAACAGAGCAACGGCGCGACCACCACCGUCAGCCGAACGUCGUCACCCACCACUGAGCGGCACCGUAACUGCAACGGCACGUGCAACGGUUGCACCUGAUCCUGUCCUCGGACUACUACUGUCCCGUCGAAGAAACAGGUGCAGCAGCCGUGGUGCAGAGGACGGUGAAGAAACAACAGCACGUUGGUGUGUGGGGUGUGUAAAGUGUUAGAGCUGCGACUCAACCAACUUCUUCAAUCAACUGAAACCGAAAACUGAGUUAAGCAAGAAGCAGAAAAGUGUAGAGUGUAGUACAGAGAAAAACAAAUAAGACAGUGUCGGCUUUAGAGUCGCACGUCCCAACCGGAAGUUGACGGCGCCAGCACAGCGCCAUCAGGAUCGAGAUCUGUCUAUCAAAAUUCAUUUCUGUCUCACCCGGGGGCCUCUCGGGGCUCGGUUUGGCGGAUGUCCUCACAAUCAACGGCUGCUGUCAGGCGCUAGUAGGUGUGGGCUUGGGAGAAGACUCAUCAACCGCAGAAUCCGCGGGCGACCGGCAGUCUCCAUUCGUUCGUCUGGGGAUUGCAUUUCAUCCUAGGAUUAGAAUCUGUCGGGUUGUACGCACACAACCAUCCUCCAUCUACUGUGGACGCGGCAGCCUCUAAAAAGCCAGUCGUCUUCACUAAACGCAUACUAUUAAUAUAUAUAUAUAGGACGUAGGCGGGUGUUUAACACCCGGUGUACACAUAAGCUCCAGUAGACACAGCAGGAAAUUAAAAUUCUCCGCCGCCAGGAUGGAUCACGCGGUGCAUGCAGCCCGCGGCCGGCCGUGGAACAAGCUGCGCUUCGAAAACAACGAACUGGAAAGUCUGUACCAGCGGUACACGCUCAAGCUGCAGCGCUUCUCCGUCACCGGUGUGGUGGCGCUAGUGGUCAUACUCUGCGGCGUAAUGGGUGGCCUUAGCUUAGGCUACAAUCAAGCACCGACACUGCACAACGUAUUCAACACAUUUAUGUGUCUGCUGUUCACGGUGGUGCUGGGUCUGUUGCAGUUUCGGCUAAUCCGCGAUUCACACCUGCCGUACCUGUGCUAUGGCAUCCUGUUCUUUACUGCCGCCUUCUGCUUCAUCUCGAUGCCGACGGUAGGCAUCGUGUUCCCGGUCGAUACGCGGGAGGUAAUGGCGGAAGGCGUUUGGCAGAUUGUGUUUGUGAUCUUCCUCUCGUACGCCAUGAUGCCGCUACAGAUCUGGGAGGCCGCACUGUUCGGUCUCAUACUGCCUUCGAUACAUGUGGGGCUGACUGGGUAUAACAUCUACACGGGCAAUUUCCAGUACCUCGCUUAUCAGCAGUUGGCGGCCAAUAUGGUAAUCUUCGUCGGUGUCAACGUAGCCGGCUUCGUAGUGAACGUCAUGAUGGAACGGGCCCAACGUCGUGCCUUCCUGGACACACGGAACUGCAUCGCCGCCCGGCUUGAAAUGGAAGAUGAAAACGAAAAGCUGGAACGGUUGCUACUCUCCGUGCUGCCGCAGCAUGUCGCGAUGGAGAUGAAAAACGAUAUACUCUCACCGGUCGAGGGACAGUUUCACAAGAUCUACAUCCAAAAGCACGAGAACGUCAGCAUCCUGUUUGCGGAUAUUGUCGGCUUUACCGUGCUGGCUUCGCAGUGCAGCGCCCAAGAGUUGGUUCGCCUGCUGAACGAACUAUUUGGUCGGUUCGAUCAGUUAGCACACGACAACCAUUGCCUACGCAUAAAGAUCCUCGGGGACUGUUAUUACUGCGUGUCAGGGAUACCGGAUCCGCGAGCCGACCAUGCACGGUGCGCCGUAGAGAUGGGCCUGGAUAUGAUCGAUGCGAUCGCAUCGGUAGUGGAGCAAACGGACGUCAUUUUGAAUAUGCGCGUCGGUAUCCAUUCGGGCCGUGUGCUGUGCGGAGUGCUCGGACUGCGCAAGUGGCAGUUUGACGUAUGGUCGAACGAUGUAACGCUGGCAAACCAUAUGGAGAGUGGUGGUGAACCGGGUCGGGUUCACGUCACACGCGCCACCCUUGAUGCGCUUGGUGGCGAGUACGAGGUGGAAGCGGGACACGGCGAUACCCGGGAUUCAUACCUGCGGGACAAUGAGAUCGAUACGUACUUCAUCGUACCACCGGCCCAUCGACGAAAGCCACUAAUGCUCAACACACUUGGCGUCCGGUCUGCGCUCGGUGCCGCCAACAGGCGCAAGCUUUCCUUCCGCAACGUUUCGAACGUGGUGGUACAGCUGCUGCACACGAUCAAAUAUUCGGUGCCGGUGCCGUUUUCGCACAUGGCCACGGGAGGACCCGGAUCGCCAUAUCCCAGCACCAGCGGCGGAGCGGGAAGCAGCGGCGCAGGCGGUGGUGGUCCAGGAUGUAGUGGAGCGGGCGGUGGUGGUGGUUCAAGCGGUGCCGGCGGCGGUGGUCUUUUUCUGGACAAGAAUGCACGCAAGGAUCCGGUACUCCACUUGCAGCGCAUCCUGCACGCUAGUCCAUAUCCUGCCGUUGCCAGGGGCGGUGGAGGCGUCGGUAAUACCGGCGGAAGCGGAGGAGGUAAUACCGGCACCGCCGAUUCCCGGGUUUCGCUCUACGAGUCGGAGAUGAGUGGUGCAACAAACAACAAGGUGACGGACAAAUUUAAGCGACCGUUUAAAAAGCGUCACUCCAGCGUGUAUCAUCAGCCGACGAAUCGCGUCAACAAGUUCCUGUCGCAGGCGAUCGAGGCGCGUAGCGUUGAUCGGGAAAAGUCGGUACACGUGAAGCGCAUCUCGCUGCAGUUUCGCGAAAAGGAGAAGGAACGGCAGUACCAUCAAGACUUUGAUCUUGGCUUCACCACCGCUAUGGGAUGCAGUUUACUACUGCUCAUACUAAGUGCUGGUCUGCAGAUAUCGGCACUACCGCGUACGCUUAUUCUACUACUGUUGUUCCUAACGGCGUUCGUGUGGAUCAGCGCCAUCCUAAUGCUUCUGCUGGCUGUGCGGCUAAAGUGGAUCUUUUGGGAUUUAUCGCAAAGCUUCUCACUACGGCUAGCCAUCACCAUCUUCACCAUCGUGCUGCUCUAUUCCGUCGGUCAGGUGAACGUGUUCACCUGUCUAUCGGAUCAUCCGUGUACGACGAACUUUACCACCAAAAGCGUACCCAGCGUGGAAUCGCUUGGGCCAGCAGCUGGAUCGAGUGAUAUUCUGAUGAGUGCCGGGGAGUUGCACCGUAAUGAACCGAAUCUCUGGACCGGUCAGCAACAGCCGCUGAAUAACUACAGCCAUCGGAAAUGCGCUCUACCACAGUACAUCGCCUUAUCGGCAGCGUAUUCCUUCCUGUCUGUAUCGAUCUUUUUAAGGCUUCCGAUACUGAUCAAAACGGUCCUGGUAACGCUGAUGGGGCUGGUGUACUGCCUGUUCAUCGAGCUGUCACACGCUAACAUCUUCGACUGCUACGAUCAGCGCGUCGAGUCGGCAAUCCCGCUGCACACGAUCUCGGUGGCGCGCAUUCUCAUCUUCAUGAUCGCUAUACUGGCACACGGGCGGCAGGUCGAGUGGACGGCACGAUUAGACUUCCUCUGGCAGUUGCAAGCGUCACAGGAAAAGAAAGAAAUGUCUGUGCUGCAGCAAUCGAACCGGCGCAUCCUUUACAAUCUUCUACCAUCGCACGUAGCCGCACACUUUCUCGACAACCAGUUCGCCCGGAGCAAUAUGGCGACCAUGCGACAGGAUCUGUAUCACCAGAGCUACAGCAAGGUGGGCGUAAUAUUCUGCAGCGUGCCGAACUUCCACGAGUUCUACACCGAGCUGGACGGGUCGAACCAGGGCGUGGAGUGUUUGCGGCUGCUGAACGAAAUCAUUGCCGACUUCGAUGAGCUGCUGUGCGAGGAACGGUUCCAUGCGAUCGAUAAAAUCAAAACGGUCGGCAGCACGUACAUGGCGGCCGUCGGGCUUAUCCCCGAGCAUAAGAUGCUCCCAACCGAGCCGGGCUCGAUGCGUCGUCUAAUGACGGCCUUGAUCGAUUUCGUGAAGGCGAUGCGGGUCACGCUCAAAAACAUCAACGAAAACUCGUACAACAACUUUAUGCUGCGGGUCGGCGUUAACGUGGGCCCGGUUGUGGCGGGUGUAAUCGGUGCCCGUAAGCCGCAGUACGACAUCUGGGGCAACACGGUGAACGUGGCGUCGCGCAUGGAUUCGACCGGCAUCCCGGGCUAUACGCAGGUCACGCAGGAGGUGGUGGAUAGUUUGCAGGGGUCACACUUUGAAUUUCGGUGCCGGGGCCAGAUAAAGGUGAAGGGCAAGGGCGACAUGGUAACGUACUUCCUGUGCGAACAGAAUGAGCAGCAUCUGUUUGCGGCUGGGCUCGGAACCAAUGGUAUCGCUAGUGGUGCUACAAGCAUCGUGCAGCAGUCUGUGGAUGCGGUUGGUUCGUCGGCCGUGCUGGCAAUGGUUGGUGGUACGAGUAGCGGUACGGGGGGUGAUACGGGCGGGAGUAUUGGUGGGGCUGGUAACGCUUCGCUAGGUCGUGAUCGAGCUGGGGCGCUGCAUCAUCAGUACAUUAUGGGUCCUAAUGGGAACAUGACUGGUGGUCUGGUACAGCAGCAACAGCUAGGACCAAACUAUCAGAUGAAGCAGCGCCUAGAGCUGGAAGCUACCGCCGGCAAUAACGGUCGUUGGCAACAUGAUGGUAGCUACAGUAGCAAAAAGGAAAGUUACAACUUCCUCGAAAGUCCCAACCUGCUUCACCAGCAACAACAACAGCAGCAGCAGCAACAGCAGCAACAACAACAGCAGCAGCAACAGUUGGUGCAAAAUCAGCAAGUGCAAAUGAAACACUUGCACAAUCAAGGACAAUCGUCCAAAAGCUCAAUGCAGUCGUUUCACUAUCCGCAAACGUAUUCAAACCCUUCGCAGAUACCACCACCCCAGCAACAGCAACAAGCGAAGGGUGCCUACAAGCAGCACAAUAACAUAAACAACAACCACAUCAUGAGCAGUGGUUUUCAUGGGAUGGAAAAUUACGGCAAGCGUAACUACGACUACCACCAUCACGCUCAGCCACAGCACAAACAGCAGGACCAUACAGUGACCGGCGGUGGGCAUGGUGUUGUGCAGCUGCCAACGGCAAGCUACAACAUUCGCGAGAACUUUAACAUCAUCGAAAAUCCCAACGUUACCGAUCUGGACGAAAACAACUUCAACCACCAUCAGCAGCAGCAGCAGCUGUUACCAUUGGGGCGGGAUCAUCUGAACAAUGGGCACAAGAUACGGAACCAUCAUCAUCAUCACCACCAUAAUCGCGGGAGUCAGCAACAGCAAGAACAUCACGUCGCUAGUCACAAUCCGAACAAUCGUGGCGUGUAUGCGACGGCGUCCGAGAACGAACCACUGCUAGGUUCGGCUUCCGGCGGAAGUGCGCUUAUUGGCAACGCGGUCAUUAAACCGAUCCAACAGAUCCAGCAGCAACAAAUACCCAUGUACGAACCGCCUCGCUAUGCUACCGCUUCAUCCGUGUUUCCGCAUGCGAUAUCCGGUACUCAAGGGUACGCUUAUGGGUUGCCGCAGCCGGCUAUGCUACGUCAUCAGCAGAUGCAGCAACAGCAUCAUCACGGGAAGCAGCCGUCUUAUAAUCAUCAACAAAUGCAGCAGCAGCAGCAUCAUCAGUAUAGUCAUCACAACCACCAUCACCACAAUCACCACCACCAGCAACAGCCGCAACAGCAGCAACGUCAGUCAGCAUCCGUGCUGAAGCAGUACAUCAAACCACUACCGAAGCUACCGACCGAGUUUGACGAAUGUCGCGAACUGUCCUCAACGGACGAUCUCAGCUCACGGCCUCAUUCGCCCUCGGUAAGCUCAUCGGACGAGAGCUACUCGAAGACGACGGAGGGCGAAGACUUUGACGGUGAGGCACACUCCCCGUUGCCGGUUGCAUCCGUCUUCAGUCCGGGCGCUAACGUCGCUAAUCCGCUCCAAUACCUGUACCCGUGCGACAUUCAGGUCGAUCCAACGUCACCACCGAAGAUUAGCCCGAUCGAUUUUGGUAACAUGCACGAUUUCGAGGUGACGAGCACGACGGUCGAAACGAAAUCAUCGUCCGCUCACAACAAGGGUGAAUCGUGCAACAGCUUCGAGUACCACGAGAAGGGACCACCAGUGUACCCGAAAUCACCAUUCGAGCGUGAGCUGCAACGGCGCAUGAACGAAUCACAGUCGCGGCCAAUGAUUGCGGCCCAGGUAUCAUCGGUUGUUAGUGGUGGAGGCGGUCCCGAAGGACAGAAUGGUGGGGGUGAUGUGGGGGGAGGAGAGGAAAGCCAACCCACCGGUGGUAAGGGUGCUAAUGGUAAUGGUGGAUUCGAUCAGCAGCAACAACAUCACGAAGGUUCGCUCGAACGAGCGCGAAAUGUGAACAACAUACUGAUUGCCAAGCAUCCUGGCACGCUGGAAGCGAUCAAGGAGGCAACGCGCAACAAGAAUCCUUCCGAAUCGAGUCACUUACAAACUUCCGACACCGAAUCGUGCGAAAUUAUCCACGAUUAUCGCAAGAGUGACCUUAAGGGACGGAUACAGCAGCAGCAGCAGCAGCAGCAGCAUUCUUACCAGCAGACUAACCAAAUGCAACAGCAGCAAAACCAUCGCCACCGACAUUAUCAUUCGACCAAGUCGACGAACGAAACGUCGUCCAAAAUAGAGGCGGAUGAGGAUGUGCGUAGUGGGAGCGGCGGUGAUCAUUACCGUCGACGGGAGCGUGACCUCGAUCUGACGGACGCGGAACAGCAGCAGCAGCAACAGUGCGUUGAUGACGACGACGAGGAAGAUGACGAUGAGGACGAUGUCGAUGAGGAGCAGGACGAGGACGAGGAUGAAGACGACGACGAUGAGGAUGAGGAGGACGAAGAGGAGCAAAAGCAGCAGCGUCGGCUGCGUUCCUCGAACGGACGUCAGCAGCAACGGGCGACGGCACACGAACGUCGGGAGCGAUGCAUGAGCGUUUCGGAGGGUACCGGGUCGGCGAAUCGCAACUACAUUACCGACGAGCUCAAGUACGGUGCACAGGUGGAGCAUGGUGAGGGUGGUGGUGGUGUGCGUGACAACAACAGCUCAUCCCACCACAACCAUCAAUCGCUCGACUCCAAUCCGGUCGAAAGUCAGUCCGAGUGGAGCGAUGAUGAAUGUCGCGAAGAAGCCACAGGUGGUGCCGAGAGUACCGGCUACAUCACCGAUGAACCGGGCCUGGAAAACAUAUCCCUGCUGAACGAGGCAGGUCUAACGGAUGCAGAAGGUGCACUGUCUGAUGUGAACUCACUGUACAAUGCACCGGACGUGGACGAUACGUCGAUUUCGUCUCGUGCCAGCAGCCGUCUGCUGAGUCUCGACUCGCUGAGCGGGUUGUACGACUGUGAUCUUGACUCCCGGCACGAGAUGGCGAUCGUGAGCGCGUCGCACAAAAUUACCAACAAAUUCGGCCCGAUCGGAUGAGAGCAACCGACACGGCACAGUGCACGGCCUCCCCCGCCAACACCACCACCACCACCACUACCACCAUCGACGUCCCCACCACCGGCGGUGGCUUUCUCAGCAGCGUCGGUUGCAACGCAGUCGCCUUCACCACAUUCGGCGCAGCAGAAUGCGGCGUAAAUGAACUACGUUUUUGGAAUUGAACUCGACGGAAUGAUGCAAAAUUGAAUCGUUUUUCUUCUACUUAGUUACGUAAAUAAGGCAAAAAAGGGGGAAGUUUUCUGCAUAGCUUAACCCAGGCACAAGACUAUUUUCUAACUUUAAAAGGCUUGGAAUUGAACUCCUAGCAGUAUGUGUGUGUGUGUAUGUGGAUGGGUGACGCUUGUAGAUAGUGUUAUAGUGAAACUCUUGUGCUCCGAUCAUCAUUGUAUCACGCGCUUAUGUGUAUUGUGUCCCCUCUCUUUCUCUCUUACUCUGGCUCUCCCUCACUUGAAAUACUUGCCUUACGAGUACGGACACAGUGUACACGGCUCGAUCACAGCUCUCCGGAAAGACCAACAAUGUUUUUGUGUGCAUCCAUAGAACUUGCAAAACACAUUCCAUUGGCCAAUGUCCGCUUCCCAAGAUAUAUAUUGCAGCAAAAUUACUCCGCAAACUCCGGAAUCUCCCUACAGCAGGCGAAAAGCCUCGUAAAACUGUGGCCUACUCAUCCUGUGGAACUGUAAUUACGUAACGUCAAUAUGCACAAAAAGUUACAGAUUGUGAACCUUGAGAAUAAUUCCGUUUUUGAGCGCGGUAUGAAAUCGUCUACUUAUAGUAAUCGCGGAGAAGACAGAGCCGAAGAGAGAAAGUAGAUGGUGAUGGAGUAGCGACUAAGAAUGGCUGCCAAGCGGCUAGAAGUAAUCUCAAUUAAUGCUUAUAAUCUCUGCUGUCCCCAGCAAAUGGCACCUAGCGAAGAAACACCCCAAAAAUCCCGAACGAAAAAAAAAAUCAAGUUCCCUUAACCACCGGACUAAGAUGAAUUUAGUGUGAUAUAUGUGUUUUGUGUGUUAAGGGGGUGGAAACGAGGGGAAACAAGUACCGUAAGGGGAGGGUUGGGAGGAGGUUGGGGGGUGUUAGCAUACAUUAAGUAUUAGCAUGUACAUCUGUAUAAAAGUUUAAGCCUCCCCUUAAUGCAUACUGUAACUCACACCUAUACACACACACACUCACUGGUGUCUGCUUUGUUUAAGUUUUCUAUUUUUUUCUUUAUUAAUCGUUGGGCUAAUGUAAAAAAACCCGUUACGAACUUUAAAAGUCGUCCAUUUUGUACAAUUAUCGUUUAGUUAUUUGCUUAAUUCUUGCUUCCUUUCUUUCUCUCUCACGGCGCACAUACAUGUGGUGGUGUGGUGUACAUUGAUAACAAUCCUUCUUUUCCCCGUGCUUCUCUAACACAUAAAUGGCAGGGAGAGAGGGGGAAGCGGCGAUUUGUUUGUAAAUUAAUCCUCUACCACAAUCUCAGAAUAUGCUGAUAGAAUAUAGAAAAGACGAACGUUGGUGUGCGAGAGAGGAACCUAUGUAAAGAUAUUUAUAUACAUACAUACAUCUAUUAUAUAGCUAUAUAUAUAGCCUGAAUGCGGUAAAGCAAAACGGGCAUACAAACAGGAUACAAAUGAAAAACCACAAAAAAUCUCAAAUAUGCUUUGGUCAGUGUUAGUGACACACAUACACCACACAACCACAGCAGAACGUCGCUUAGAUGCAGACGCCUGACUUGCCUUUUUUCCUCGAUUCGGUUUCAAUUGAUCCAGCUUUGUGUUGAGCUUCUGUCGUAUGUUCCUGUUUCACUAGCCUACGGUUGCUAGGCUACACACGAUCACACACAAAACAGCAUAAAAUCUCCUCCCUAAUACGCGAGGAGAGGGGGGGGGGGGAUGGGGAGCGCAGAAGACAUCAUCCGGGUCCCCACACCCUAUGACUAUGAGGAAUCCUAUAUGAGGAGGAAAGAUGGAGAGAGAGAGAACACCCGUUUUUUUGUAACUAUUAUUUAUAUACUUCACUGGAUACGAAUAAAAUUGUCAGUAUCUUUGCCAUACGA